ACAAGCUGCAUAUCGAGCUGUAGUAGUUCGUAUGUAAAUUAAUUUAUCUACAAUUUAGCGCAGUCACCACCGGAAAACGCCAGAAAGUGUCGCGUGCGCGCUGUGCUGCCGUAAACCGAACCCGUAGCAGCACAUUUCAGAUCCAGAGGCCACAAACAUGUUCAGCAGAGCAGUAAAAUAGUCGACCAACAAGUAGCUCGAACAGCGCUAUCUGUAAGCACCAACGUUACACGAAAAAAAGGGGUCAGGUCUGGGGUUAUGCGGCGUUCAUGCUUGGAUCGAUUUCGUCAUGUUGUAUUUUAGCGUAGUUGUAAGCUGAUAUUGUGUGUUUUGUUCCGCGGUGUGUGUUAUGUGUUGACUGUAAAAGAGGACAGUGCGUCACCGUACAAGAUGGACACUGCCGAAGAAGGUGAUAUAUGUAGGGUGUGUCGAUCUGAGGGAACUCAGGACAAACCCCUCUACCAUCCCUGCGUGUGUACUGGAAGUAUUAAAUUCAUCCACCAAGAAUGCUUGGUGCAGUGGCUUAAACACAGCAGAAAAGAGUACUGUGAAUUAUGCAAGCACAGAUUUGCUUUCACGCCAAUUUACUCUCCAGACAUGCCUUCACGGCUCCCAGUGCAGGACAUUUUCGCAGGACUGGUCACAAGUAUAGGCACGGCUAUCCGAUACUGGUUUCAUUACACGCUUGUUGCCUUCGCUUGGCUGGGGGUUGUACCUCUAACAGCAUGUCGCAUCUAUAAGUGUCUGUUCACUGGAUCUGUAAGCUCCCUCCUGACUCUGCCCUUAGACAUGCUCUCCACAGAGAACUUGCUGGCCGACUGCCUGCAGGGCUGCUUUGUGGUGACCUGCACCCUCUGCGCCUUCAUCAGUCUGGUGUGGCUGCGGGAGCAGAUUGUUCAUGGUGGAGCCCCUUUAUGGUUGGAGCAGAACCAGCAGCAACCUGCCAAUGCUGCAGGACCGGCGAAUGAGGCCGCUGGCCAGGGUAAUGGGGGUGCUGAAAACCAGCCCAUGCCCGCACCGGCCGAACCUCAAGCAGAAAACGCUGCAGCGGCUGAAGCUCCUGACCUCCCCGCUGACCCUGCGGAAGAGAUGGAGCUGGAUAAUGAAGAUGAGGAGGAUGGAGGAGCCGAAGAUGUGGCGGAUGCCAACAAUGGAGCACAGGAUGAUAUGAACUGGAAUGCUCUGGAAUGGGAUCGUGCAGCUGAAGAGCUCACUUGGGAAAGGAUGCUUGGGCUUGAUGGGUCCCUGGUUUUUCUGGAGCAUGUGUUCUGGGUGGUCUCACUCAACACACUCUUCAUCUUGGUGUUUGCUUUCUGUCCCUACCAUAUUGGCCACUUCUCAGUGGUUGGACUUGGUUUUGAAGAAUAUGUUCGUGCCUCACACUUUGAGGGACUCAUCACCACUAUAGUUGGAUAUGUCCUUUUGGCCAUCACACUCAUUGUGUGUCAUGGAUUAGCAGCACUGGUGAGAUUUCAGAGAUCACGCCGCUUGUUAGGAGUCUGCUACAUUGUCGUAAAGGUGUCUCUUCUAGUAGUUGUAGAGAUUGGUGUGUUCCCCCUCAUCUGCGGCUGGUGGCUUGAUAUCUGCUCUCUGGAAAUGUUUGAUGCCUCAUUGAAAGACAGAGAGUUGAGUUUUGAAUCAGCCCCAGGGACCACUAUGUUCCUUCACUGGCUGGUGGGGAUGGUCUACGUCUUCUAUUUCGCCUCUUUCAUUCUUCUACUCAGAGAGGUUCUAAGGCCUGGAGUCUUGUGGUUUCUCAGAAAUCUGAACGAUCCAGAUUUCAACCCAGUGCAAGAAAUGAUACACCUACCAAUAUAUAGACACUUGAGACGAUUCAUACUAUCAGUGGUUGUGUUUGGCUCAAUCGUUCUUCUCAUGUUGUGGCUUCCUAUCCGGAUAAUCAAACACAUCUUCCCUUCAUUUCUUCCCUACAAUGUGAUGCUUUACAGCGACGCUCCAGUGAGUGAGCUAUCUCUGGAGUUGCUAUUGUUGCAGGUUGUUCUUCCUGCUCUAUUGGAACAGGGACAUACGCGGCAGUGGCUCAAAGGUCUGGUGCGAGCGUGGACCGUGACCGCUGGCUACUUGCUAGACUUGCACUCUUACUUGCUGGGAGACCAGGAAGACAAUGAGAACAAUGCCAACCAGCAAGCCAACAACAACAACAACCAGCAGGCCCGAAACAACGCCAUUCCUGUGGUGGGAGAAGGACUGCACGCUGCCCACCAGGCCAUACUGCAGCAGGGGGGCCCAGUGGGCUUUCAGCCCUAUCACCGGCCCAUGAAAUUCCCUCUAAGGAUUGUGUUGCUGGUUUUGUUCAUGUGCGUGACGCUGCUUUUGGCCAGUUUGGUGUGUCUCACGUUACCAGUGUUCACUGGACGCUGGCUGAUGUCCUUCUGGACGGGCAGUGCUAAGAUCCAUGAGCUGUACACUGCAGCGUGUGGGCUGUAUGUGUGCUGGCUCUCCAUCAGAGCGAUCACAGUGCUGCUGGCCUGGAUGCCUCAGGGGCGGAGAGUCAUCCUGCUCAAGGCUCAGGAGUGGACCCUCAUGAUUAUGAAGACACUGAUUGUGGCUGUGCUGUUGGCUGGAGUGAUCCCUCUGCUCUUGGGACUGCUGUUCGAGCUGGUGAUUGUAGCUCCUCUUAGAGUGCCGCUGGAUCAGACGCCUCUGUUCUACCCCUGGCAGGACUGGGCUUUAGGAGUGCUGCAUGCCAAAAUCAUUGCUGCCAUCACCCUCAUGGGUCCCCAGUGGUGGUUGAAGACCGUUAUUGAGCAGGUGUAUGCCAAUGGAAUCAGGAACAUUGACCUUCAUUUCAUCAUCAGGAAGCUGGCGGCCCCAGUCAUUGCUGUACUGCUGCUUUCUCUCUGCAUCCCCUAUGUGAUUGCUGUAGGCAUCGUCCCCCUUCUAGGAGUCACUAUGGAGAUGCAGAAUUUGGUGCAGAGGAGAAUCUACCCCUUCCUUCUGAUGGUAGUGGUGCUGAUGGGUAUCCUCUUUUUCCAAAUCCGACAAUUCAAGCGCCUUUAUGAGCACAUCAAGAAUGACAAGUACCUUGUUGGACAGAGACUUGUGAACUAUGAACGAAAAGCUGGCAAGCUCAGCACUACCACACACAGCAGUUCAGUGCAGGAGUAAAGAGUUUGGGAUUGCUUUGGAGUCACUCUUUUUGUGUGUGAGCGAGCGAGCAUGUGUGAGCAUGCAUGAAUGACUGAAUGAGCCUUUCUCUCCUGCUCCCUCUUUGUGCGUCCAUACAUCCAGCAUGCCCACUAUGACUGACUUCUGGCCUCUGACCCUGCCGCAAAAAAAGGGGGAAAGAGCCAUGUACAUAAAUGGGGCGAAAGAGUGAAUCCCUACAGCCAAAUGGAAAAAAUGAAAAAACAACAAAAAAAAUAUUAAGUAUGUGUAUUAAUUUAUUAAAUCUAGUUGUUACCUUAUUUGUGGAGCUUUGUUCGUGGCAAGACUCGACCCACAUGGUUCCUUUCAUCACCCUCGUGGAGAGGCCAGUCAGACUCCAGGGAUGAAAUGUCUGGGUCAUAAUGGAGCUGGACUGUCACAUUAGUACCUUUUUAUUUAUUAGUUUAGAAUUUUCAUUGAAAUACGAUCUUGGUGUUUUUGAAUGAGAGGGUCUUGUUUGAUUUGAUGCUUUCGGUAGCGUGUCUUACCUUCAUUUCUCGAUGCUUUAACCUCCCUAAUUUUAUGUGCAGAACAGAAGUGGAUGGAGGCGGAUUUAAUGGUUAUGCCACACCCAUCUGCUUCCUGUCAUGUGGAAAAGAGGGAAUUUAGUUUCACAAAACAGUUUGUCCACGACUGUUGUUGACCAAUUCAAGAACAUAGAAGCACAGAGUCAGUAUCUAGCAGCCGAAGCGUAGUUUGACGGUAGAGUUUAUGGCUCACAGUGAGCCGCAAAGCCGAUCUCUGCCUGCUAGCUCUUCGCUCAACUCCUUCAAAAUCCUUUCAAGUAGCUUAGAAGACCGUUUAGAGUGCUAAUUGCGUCAGUGGUUGAGCUAGCAUAUUUGUUUGCUGUUCAAGUUGAUAUCAUUGACCGUUGUAUGUCCGUCUCGUGCUCAGCAUGGCCUAGCAACACUUUCUCAUAGAUGUAACUCUGGCACGUACACAGGUUGUUGCAAUUUUUUAAUUUAAGAAAGCAUCUUUUAAGAGCAGCAAUAGUUUGGAAACACUUUAGACCAAAUUUGAAGUCCUUACUCGUAUAGGAGCUCACAAAAAUCCAUUAAACCGAUCAGAUUUUCAGCCGAAAUGUGGUUUAUUAUUCUUGCUUCGGUUCGGUAGAAGAGUUUCGUGUCUGUAGGUAAGGAGGAGAUCCUCAACACAUUUGUAAAUAAUGUAACUUUUCGAUUCUUCGUAGCAGAGUAUGUUUUUCUCCAUUUCAAAUUUGCUGCAUCUGUUACAGGUUCACGAUACCCGAAGAAUUUGUCUCAGACGGCUUUAGUGUUAAUCAGUGCUGAGAUUCUAUAAGUGACCUUAUAGUAUCUUAUUACACUGAAACUGGAUACUGUAUGCUUCUUGAUAGCUUGCUCUCCUCUGAAAGGCAAAUGUUCUAUUUUUAUAUGUGCAACUAGUGACACCGUUUUCAUGUUUGAUCAGCCAUUGAUUUGAUUUCUGAGGUCAGCUAGAAUCCAGGUAAAGGUAGUGGUUCAGCACUAAACACCUUUGUGUGUCUGGUUUACUAAGCCUUUUCCUUCUCAUAGCAUGUUUUUGAGAGAAUUAUUCAGUAUUCUGAAUGUUUUCAGACCUCCUCCUUGGAGGCUCUUGCUGUAAUAAUUACAUUCUCAUAAUGGCAGAUUUUUUUUUUGUUUGUUUGUUGAAAACUUUUAUUACAAAUAUU